ACUUCAGUAAAUUGCAUUUUUGAAUGUAUUUUGUUUUUACGACGAAUAAAACGGGUUGUUUAGCUGCAGAAAUAUACUGAGUGUCAUUAGUCUCUUUGUAGGACUGCACAUUGUGAGUUGCAUUCCAGUGCCAUUUGCCCGCCCCACCUCUCCUAACGCUAGAUGGAGAUGUCUCAAACGCAACCCAAUGCAACACGAGAAGAACUACUGUGAAAUCAACAAUGGCGUCGUGCAGCAGGGCUCAAGUGAUCGCACUCUACAGGAUGCUUAUGAAAGAGAGUAAAAAUUUCCCCUCAUAUAAUUACAGAACAUACGCACUUCGCAGGGUGAAAGAUGGCUUCAGGGAGAACCUUCAUGUUGACAACCCCAAAACACUGGAUAUGCUCAUAAAUCAAGCUAGAGAGAAUCUGGUGCUCAUCAAGAGACAGGUUUCAAUUGGCCAUCUGUAUUCUGCUCAGAGGACCGUUGUUGAAAAAGAGCCUCAUUUAUAAAUGUCUCAAGCAUCAAAAUGUCUGGUUUGUUCAUGACAAAUCUGUUUGUCUUAAGAUCUGCACUACUAGUCGACCAUCUGUUUAAAAGUGUAUAUUAGAGUAUACUGUAAAUGUGUAUUUGUGUUAUUUUUUUUAGCAAAUAAAUAUGAUACAUAUGAAAGGAAUAUGAGAAUCACUGUAAAUAGAAAAAAAAACAUUAUUUAACCUGAAUAUGUGUUCAUAAUGAUUAAGACAAGUGAUCAUGCAAAUUAAAAGUCAAGUUUGCUUUAUUAAACUAAAUUUAAUUCA